GCGCUGUUUAAAAAACUCUCUGAGUCUGUUGUAGAGCUGGAGCGGCACCCAAAACCGGAGUAAACUUCGCCUCCCCCCGCCCCCCCUUUCCUCUUCCUUUUCCUCUUCCUCUUCCAUAAAGUGGAACCACAUUUGAAAGAAUGACAUUGCCAUGGCGAGUCUAUCAGAUGAUGAUGCUUAAACAUCCCUGGAAAGUCCAAAUACUGACUGCUGGUACUUUGGUUGGAUGCAGUGACAUAGUUUCACAGCAGCUGAUUGAACGGCGAGGAUUUGCAAAUCAUGACACAAAGCGGACAAUCAGGAUGACCAUUGUUGGAUUAAUUUAUGUGGGUCCUGUUCUUGGAGUAUGGUAUAAAUUUCUAGAUCAAAUUAUCAUUGGCAAGAGCAAAACUGUGGCACUUAAGAAAAUGCUGCUUGAUCAGUUUGCACUUGCUCCUUGUUUCUUGGCCUGUUUCCUUGCAGUAGCUGGAUUCCUGGGUGGGCAUUCACGAGAGGAAGUAUGGUUAAAGUUAAAGAAGGAUUAUAAAGAUACAUUGGUAUCAAACUACUUUAUCUGGCCAGCUGUACAAGUGCUAAAUUUCUACUUUGUGCCACUAGUUUACAGGUUGCCACUUAUUCAGAUUGUUGCACUGAUGUGGAAUACCUACCUCUCAUGGAUGGCAAACAAAAUCUGAGAUUUAUGAGUAAUUAUUGUAUUUCGGUUCACUGGCAAAAGACAGAUGGAUUUUCUGAACUACUUGACAGGAUCUUUCUAUUUACUGAAAUGCUAACAUUGUAGUGUAAUGCUGUUGUAAUUAUUCUGGGGUUGUGUUGGGAGAUUUACAUUGCUCUGUCAUUUAGCUUUGUUUACAUUAUAUAUCAUCCAUGUCCUCGGCAGAAAUAGCAAUUCCUCUCUCUCCCACCUCAGACAUUAAGAAAGCAAUUUCUAAUGUGAAUGAAACUGUUAACAGUUGGCAGGAAAAGAAAACUGGAAAAACUUUACAAGAUCUGAACUUCUUGAAAAACUUCAGCAAAUUGCUUUUAAUGACAAACCAAACUGUGCACAAAAUAAUUGUGUGAAACUAGGUUUCAGCUCAGUUUGCACACAUCUGCCUUUUGGGAUGAAGUACACAUUUUAGUUGCUUAAAUUUGUUUUGGACCAAUUUGAAACAGUAAUGAUAGGAAUUCAUUGUCAGUCAUUAUUUUACGUGGUAUAUUCAGUUUAAUUGUUUCCUCCCUUUCCCCAAUUUAUGAAUAAUAGCUUGCAUCAGCUUAAAAUAAAUUGAUUAUCCAGGGGAGUAAGUUUCUCCCAGUAAUUAACUUAUUAUAGAUGCCAAUUCACUGGACAUUGCUGAAGAGGGGAAAAAUGAUAUUAAAAUAAUAAGCAAAUUUUGAAGUUAACAUGCCCAAGAACUAAGUACAAGGAUAUAAAAUAAUACAAAGAGGAAUAAAGUACAUUGGAUAGGUAUAAAAUAAUUUUUACCUCAAAUAAAAUUGAGAAUAGGCAUCAUUAGAACAUUUAGAUAUUUUUAGAAAAAUAUUUGGUUUUCCCAUUUAUACUUAAGAGCUGUUACAAAUUGUAACGCCUGUGGUCUGCAUUUUCUUUAAUUUUACUCUUCUGUAAACACCCUACAUUCAAGCCAUCUUUAACAACUAAUUCUUAUGGCAGAACUUCCAGUGGAUUAACCUGCCUUGAUGGUAUGAACAGCACAGCUAGCCACUUUUGAGUAUUGUGAACUAGAUGCUUUCCCACAAUCACUGUGCUGAAGCCUCCAAGAGAAAAAUGAGCAAAAAUGUGAAUUAGCCAAGAUUUGAAUGAGUUUUCUAAUUAAGAAUCAAACACGCUAUAAACAUAGUAGCUACUGGAUCAACACAGACAUGCCAAGCACAAUACACCACGCUGAAGAGAAUAAAAGAAUUUAAAGCAAACCACCAAUGCUUAAGGUGAACUGCUACCUCAUUUAAAAUGGACAGGUGUAUAUAUAAAACUUCAUGGUUGCUAAGUCAUAGGUCAUAAUGUACAGGAAUUUCAUUGUUACGUUUGGUUAUUUAGUUCUGCAAUUAAUCACACAAUUGUCACUCAUUAUCACUAAGCUAAAAUUUAUGCCAAAAAGACCAGGGGAGGAAUUUUAGCUGUAAAAUGUGACGAGCCGAUCAAAGGUCCAUUGACUUCAGCGGGACAGUAAAAUCCCGCCGGCAUAAAAUUCCGCUCCCGUUUUUAACUUGGUUCAACUACUGCACUGACAAUUUUAUUGAAGUGUAUGGCAAAUGCCACAGGUUAAUUUGCGGUAUUCCUGAAUUGGCAUUUUAUUUCUAAUACUUCAUUCCCUUUGGAUUAACCGGCUUAACAUUUUAGAAUUCUAGACUCUUAGAAAAUCAGUCUUUAAGCUUUAGUCUUUAAGCUGGGAUCAAACACAGGCAAACGGUGUUUAUACCUAACGAAAUAUAUUAAUAUAUCUUUGUUAUUGUACAUAAAGUACAAAUUUUAGUUUACAGUCGCUUGGUGUUACAGACUUGAAUAUUGUUGAAAAGAGAGACAUGUUACUGAAGCUUUUCACCUUGCACUCAGGACAAACGCAAAACUGCCAAAUUUUAAGCGAUUGCAACAGCUUACGCAACGAGAGAAGUGUGCUGAUUAGGCUGGCAAGUCGACACUGAUUAGCGAAAUGUUGCCACGGAGAGAGCAGCAGGAAACUAUUUGCAGAGAACAGGGUCCUUGCAUAUGGAUGUAAGUCACUUCUAGCAAGUGUAAAUGAGCCACAUUGCGAGCUUGGCUGAUUAUCUAAAAUUGGGUGUUAGUAUAGCUAUUAGUGCACUCAGGAUUGUUCAGCAAGUGUUGUCCAACCUCAGAAUUACAUCUAAUAGUAGACGUUUUGUCCUGGGUUUUGCAAGCGCAGGCUAGUUGAGUAUGGUCUGUACUCUACUUAUUACAAACAGCCGAAGGAAAAUGUUUGAUUCAGUCAGCCAAUCAUUGGAACAUAUGGCUUAUAUACCUGGCAUCACGCUGGCACUGAAAUUCAUAUACUAUAUUACUCAAUUGUGUGGUAGGCACAGCAUCUUUUUGGACUGACAGCCACACCCUAUUUGUGGAAAAUACCAUUUGUGUCAUGAAGGUAAGCUUUUGAUAGACAAAAGCAGAGAAUCCGCAGAUUUCUCAACUAGCGUUGUCGCAUUAGACUGUUCCAUCUGAAAAGCGAAUUUGCAGUGGCAUGAUUGGGCAACACUGGCUGAACAAUCCUGAGUGCGCUAAUUGUUACACUAACAACCAAUUUAAGAUAACCAGUCAAGCUCAUAACAUGGCUUUUUUAUGCUCGCUGGAAGCGACAUACAUUCAUACGCAAGGACCUCUGCAAACAAAAGGAAUAUGUUCAAGUCUUGUACCUUUUUUUUGAAUUACCUGGAGACUUGGGCAGCCUAUUACAUUCUCCAUGGCAAUGCCUCAUCCAAUCAGCACCCCUUUUCGCCUGUAGUAUAAAUUGUUGUAAUCUUUUAAAAUUUGGCUGCCUUGAGUUUAUCCUGAUGAGUGCAAGACAAAAAGCUUUGGCGAAUUGUCUCUUUUCAACACUUAUAGUUUACUCUCUAAAGUAUUAUAUUGAUGCAACUGGAUAAUUAGCUUAUGGUGAAGAUAAAAACUGAAUGUAGGAAAAUGUGGAAUAAACAAGAAUGAUUGGAAAUGCACAAUAUAUCGAUAAAGAACAAGAAUGAUAAUUUUAACGUUUGAGGAGGGGGAAGUAUUUACAAUUAUCUGCAGUGAGGUGGGCUGUGAAAAGCAGAGUGCUCGGAAGCGUUUUGGGAAAGGGGUUGGGGGAGAAAAGUAUAAGCCUCAGAGGAGAAUCAUAGUGAUGCAGCACAGGAGGUGGUCAUUCGACCUGAGUUAUCCAGUUAGUUGCAUUUCCCUGCUUUUUCCCCAAAGCCCUGCAAAGUUUUCCCCUAAAGUGUUUACACAGUUCCCUUUUGAAAAUUCUGACUGCAUCUGCUUCCACCACUAUUUCGAGCAUUCCAGAUCAUCAUAACUUUAUGCAUAACAAAAUUUUUCCUCAUGUUGCCAGUUACCUCAAAUCUUUGCCUUCUGGUUACUUGACCCUUUUACCACAGGAAGGCAGGGGCCGGGAGAUGGGAACAAACAGGAGAGAAUGGAAUUCAAGGGCUUGAGUGGGAGGGGAGUUUGGGAAAGAGAAAAUGGAACUACAGAAAUUAACCUUCACAAAUGCUCACAAUUCAUCAAGAAGCCCUGUUUUCUUAAACCCAAUGUAUUAAAUGUAAGUUUAAAUGAACAAUGUAAUUUUCCUCAUGUAUCACAAUUUGUUACAAAUCUGAGGGUGUCUAGCAGUGCAGGCUCAGUGCAGUACUGUACCACCGCUGUACUUGGCCGUGUCAGUUGUGUGAUGAAUGUGGUGAGUCUUUGCAUCACAAAAUUGAACAAAAUGCAUCAAGUUAAAUAAGAAAAAGCAUAGUUUUGUUUUCCAAAAUACACUACAUUUAAAUAUUAAUAUGCUUUUGAAUAUGUUCUCAGUGAUAGAUGUCAUUGCUUUCAGCAGAUCUGGGUAUGUUGUAUUAAAUCUAAUUUGUACGUCUGACUAUGUUGACUGUUUUGCUUAUCAGACCGUCAUUUUAUAUGCAGUAUUCCUAUAUUUUGUCACUUGCUCCACUCUUUCUCCUCUCCUAAGAUCAUUGCACCUGAUUCAGAACUCAUCCACUUGCACAGAGUUAAACUCAGGCCCAUUGGUUCAGGCCAUAUCGCUGUUCCACUGCUGAGACUGCCCUCCUGUAUCUUCCUCAGUUGUCCAUUUUUCCUGAAUGAGUUUCAGUCAAUGCAUGUUGGCAGACUGACCAUGCAGAAUAUCACUGAUGUUCAGAAACCUCCAGCCACGCUCAGUCGAUGUGAUCACGAGCAGGAACGCUGCCUGAUAUUUCUUCUAUUAGGGACAUAGGAGGCCUUUUAUCUUGCCUGUGCCACCACUUUGAAAUUGACUAACUCAUUGUAGACCUGAGACCAAAAUUGGGACCAUUUGCUAAACAUUUAUUAUCAACAUGAACAAUUUUAUUACAGUUUGGAAAGCAAUAAGUUGUCAGUUUAAAUGGUUUUAUCUUAAAUAGCUAAAUGAUCUGUUUUUAAUUUGAAAUAUACUGAACGUGAUGUUCGGGGAAUUUUGGGGGCCAUUUAGUUAUGAAUUAAUCUGUUAUUGUAAAAUAAAAA